UUGUGUAUGUAUUUUUUUGUUGUUGUUGUUGUUUGCAUUCGAUUCGAUUUGUGUGUUUGUGUGUGUUGUAAUUGUAAUCGAAUUGUCGAGUUGAGCGGUUUAUCUACAAUUAUUGUUGACGAUUUCAAAAAAAUCCAUUGAUAAUUGAGAAGAAUCAUUUAAAACUACCAUUUAGAUUCUUCCUUUGAUCUCGAUGCAUCAACUCAACACAAACCAUGUCAACAAGUGAAAUUUUGCAACAAUUGGAAACAUGUGCCCAGAUUCUUAUGGCACCACCAAACAACAUUGGGCUCAAUGAUCGAACAAAAGCCGAAGAGGUAUUUCUAAAUUUUCAAAAAACUAAAACUCCAUUCACAUUGUGUCGAGAAAUCAUGGAAAUGACACAGAAUCAAUUUGUAUUGUUUCAAGUUGGUGCCUGCCUUAAAUGCGCCAUAAUUCGUGAAUGGUCAUUGUUGGGUGUCGAACAAUCAAGUGCCUUGUUUAAUUAUCUUUUCGAUUAUGUUAAUCGACGACCGUUGGAUCAAUAUGUUGUCGAAGAAAUGAUGUUGGUCAAUGCCAUCAUUCUCAAACGGAUAGAUCUCGAAGAAAAACGAACAAACAAUGGAGAAUCGUCGAAAGAUCAAAACGAAACAUCGAAAACGAUGAUUGCAUCACUUUUCGUUAUAAUCAAAAAUCCUGCAGCAGCUGUCCAAAUGAGAAUUAAUGCAUGCUGUACGGCCAUCAUUCGUAUUCUCAGUGAAUAUUCUACAUUAAGUUAUAAUUCCGACUAUGGUUUAUCGUGGCAUUCACAUUUGAAUGUUAAGCGAUCGUUUGAGAAACAUAAACUGAAAGAAAUAUUCUCCGGUGCCAUUGAAGUUUUAUGGACAGAUAAAAAUGGCCGAAGAAACGCGACGUCGAAUGAUAAUAUAAAAUUAAGUGCUAAAUUGAUUCGCAUCUGUGAAAUGGUUCUCACCUGGAACAUGGAAUCAUUCUCAUUGAUAACUGGUUAUUUUGUUAAAGCACGUGAUCGCAUCGAAAGUCAAGUGUUUAAUCCACCAAGUGAUUGGCUUAAAUUCAUAAUCGAAGGCAAUCUGAUAUCAUUUUUCUUUGAAAUGUAUCUUAGUUUUCGAUCGAUCGAUCCUAAUCUACUGCAUAGUUCAUUAACUUGUCUAACACAAUUAAGUACGAUGGUUUCGAUUCGUCAUGAUAUGACUUUACGUGUAAAAUUCUCUGAAACAUUCAUGCAGAAUACAAUUUCAUUAUGUAACAUGAUUAUGGAUGUCAUAUCGCUUCAUGAAGUACAAUUUCUAUCGAAUCUGUUCAAUUCAAUAUGUAUCUAUCUUCGUAGCCACGUGGUGAUAGAUGAUUGUAAUCCAACAUUGACCAAACAGUUCAUCGAUUUAAUGAUAAAAUUUACUUGUAAAGUUUUACUUGAAUCCGUAAAGAUUAAGACACAUUUUGAUGAAGAUGAUUUUGAUAAAUGCAAUCAAUCCAUUGAAUAUUUGAUGAACUCGGUGAUGAUCAUCGUCAAUCUUAACCAUUACGAUCGUCGUAUGCAACAAGAAAUACAAGGACCAAAUAUAUCGGGCGAUCAAAAUGGCCAAAUCACUUUGCAGGAAUUGUGUUCAUGGACCAAACCAUUGUUUGAAACAUAUCUACGUGUACAUCUUAGUGAACCUGAAGGUUUGCUUCCAUUGUCAUGUUUCAAAGAUGACGAUGAAAUUCAAGAAUUUGAAGAAGAUGAUAUUAAUAAAUUUCGUGAACAAAUGGUUGCUAUCGGUUCGAUUGCUCAAGUUGAUCUUCGUAGUUCAAUCGAUACAAUCACACAGCUGAUGAUAAUGAAACUACAACAAUUUGAAGCAUGUAUUACAGCGAUGGAUAUGAAAGUCGAAGAUAAAACGCUACAAUGGAUUCGAAUUUCUGAAGAUAUACAUUGGAUUUUAAUGAUAUCCACCUAUAUAUUCACAUCAUUUGCUGAAAGUGAAAUUCCUACCGAAGUAAUUGAACUUUCUAUCAAAGCUAGUGCUGAUAUCCAGACUACAAUGGGUGCUUUACAGAAUGGUGAUUUUACCCGUCCAAAUAUUGAUCCAAUUGUUCGUUAUUUUAUCGUCAUUCUUAAAUUGGUGCAAAUGGAAAAACAAUUACUGGAAAAUCAUAUGAUUCAAUGGGUAUCGCCACAAGUGUCCUAUACGUUGACAUAUUUUCUAUCACGCACUCUAAACAUCUAUCUUGUACCACCGGAAUAUGAAAGUGAUCAUAGUCAGAUGAGUUUAACCCUCAAUUCAUGUUUCGGUGCCGAUUCACAAAAUGUAAAAAACUUGAUAAAUUUUUUUCUCGACCAUAUGGAAACAAAAUUUCUGACCAUGAGUAGCGAGACACAAGUGUUGGAAUUAUCUAGUGAAGGUUUGCGUUUAUUUUGUAAAUUUCGCGAUCGUAUUAAACUAUUGAAUGAAUGUGCAAGUCUACAGCGUCUAUUGCAACGAUUUCCAGUUGAUCCAAAUUUUCGUAAACUAAACAGUGCAGUUCGCCGUAAUAUGUACAAUGUAUUUAUCGUUGUAUUCGCUGGCCAUCCUGAUGCAGUGAUUGAUCCAUUGAUACAUUUGUAUCAGACAUUUCGUCAACAUUUACGUGCCGGUCAACGAGAAUUGAUUCAAGAAGAAUUUCUUAAUAUUGUUGAUUUUACAAUGGGCAUAUCAUCCGGAACAACAUCAUAUACAUACAAUGUCAUCUGGCAAAAAUUUCUUCGGCCAUUCUAUAAUGAAUUACCCGAAGUUUUAAAAGUGAUGCACAAAUGUAGCAUUGUUGUCCAAGCUAUUCUCGAGCUAUUAUUUCAUUUAUCAUCAUGUUUUUGUAUUUAUUUCAGUGAAGAAGAUAACCUUGUUUUCUAUAAAACGGCUGUUGCCAUUUUUACGCAAUAUGCUUCAUACACAAAAGAUACAUAUUCAUUGGACGCAACACGUUUAGAGGAAAUUCAAGCCGAAUUCAUAUGGAUCCUUAAAUUUCUCAAUGAUCUCUCCAAUCAAGAUAUAUUUCUAUUCUUUACGAAUCCAUCGAUGACAUCAUCAUUGAAUCAGACCAUUGGUCAAGUGGUUAUCACAUCAUUGAACAUAAUCAUGCCAUUAAUGAAUGAUCAAUUGUUGGAGAAUCAACAACUUUGUGCCUUGUAUUAUAAAUUAUUGGAAUUCAUAUCACAAGAUACCGAUCGUUUUAAAGGAUUCCCGAUCAAAUUAUUUGAAAGCUAUCUGAAAUGUGUGGAAUAUGCGUUUAGAGCAAACAAUAUCUCCAAUGAAAUCAAAGCGAUUGGAUUCAAAAUAUUGGUCCAAUUGGGCUACCAAACGGCUGCUUCGCCUGAACCAUCGGAAGAAAUAAUGAAAUUUUUGCGACCAUUUUUCCAGAUUAUUGUUGAAUUUAUAUUCUGCGAAUUGGUGCGUAAUAAUGAUCUGAUAUUGAGAGAUGCCGUGGCCAUGGCUUUAUAUUCGUUGGUACGCUGUUUUCGGCAAUCAUAUCAGAACAUUAUAAGAGAAUUGAUGCGAUGCAUUAAUGAUCCACCUAUUGAAGAUCGAAUCUGCACAACAUUAUUCACAAUCAUCGAAGAGGUUGGCCUCGACAGCCGUUAUAAUGCAGCAAGAUUGACAUUCAAAAAACAAUUCUCUGAAUUCAUCAAUCAAUUGCAUACAAUGUUAACAUUACGAUGAUGUCAUUUUUUUCAAUAUAACACACCUACACAUAGACACAUUUCUUUUUUAUAAUACAUCUUUAUUUCUAAAAACACACAACCAACAAAAUAAAGUACCCAUGUCUUUAAUUAUGAAAUUUUUCACAAUUCAAUUUGUCAUGUUCUUAUAACCGUUCUAUUUUUUGUCAUUAUUAAAUAUAUGGAUGAA